GAUUGGCUCUUUUGUUCGUGGCCUGGCAACCAGAAGCGGCUUUACCAAACACAGAGACCCGUUCAUAGCAACUAGUUAGAGGUGUCCUGCAAUUAGCUUGAUAGGAAGAUUCAAGUCGUCAGAUUCAAACAUGUCUACGAGGACUCUACCGCUGCUCUUUAUCAACCUCGGCGGAGAAAUGCUGUACAUCCUGGACCAGCGGCUUCGUGCUCAGAAUAUACCCGCUGACAAAGCUAAGAAAGUUUCCACUGUACCUGCCUGGAUAGAGGAAGACAGAAAGAGAGUUAUGAAUGACAUCAUCACCACCAUGUUCAACAAAAAGUUUCUGGAAGAGCUUUUUAAGCCACAGGAGCUUUAUUCCAAGAAGGCUCUACGAACUGUGUUUGACAGGCUGGCCCAUGCGUCCAUAAUGAGACUCAAUCAAGCUAGCAUGGACAAGCUCUAUGACCUGAUGACAAUGGCUUUCAAAUACCAGGUUCUUCUCUGUCCCCGCCCAAAGGACAUCCUGCUUGUCUCCUUCAACCACAUGGAUGCGAUCAAAGACUUCGUGAAAGAUACUCCUAGCAUCUUGAGCCAGGUCGAUGAAACUUACCAGCAACUCAUAGAGAUGUAUACACCCUUGUCUAAUGGUGAAUUCCAACUGAUUAGACAAACCCUUCUCAUUUUCUUCCAAGACAUGCAUAUUAGGGUUUCUAUUUUCCUAAAGGACAAGGUGCAGAACUCAAAUGGCCGCUUUGUGCUUCCUACUAAUGGUCCUGUGCCUCGUGGGACCCAAAUUCCUGGUUUGAUUAGGAUUUUUAGCUGUUCUGGCGAAGAGUUGACCAGACUACAGUUCAAUAAUGGAGGGAACUACAGUUCUGCAUUACGGGAAGGAUCUUUUGAAAUGUUUGGCAAUAGAAUCACAAAGCUUGGGACAAACAUGUACAGUGUAAGUCGCCCGGUUGAAACACAUAUGUCUGGCACAUCUAAAAGUUCUGCCCAGCACACAAAGGUCAAUUCUGCCCCAAACCCUCUGGCCAAAGAGGAACUGAAUCUGUUGGCCAGAUUAAUGGGAGGUCUAGAAGUCCAGAAACCAGGAAGCACAGACACUGGUUUCCGGGUGAAUCUCUUUGCCACGGAUGAAGAAGAAGAAGAAGCAUUAAUAUCAAGACCCAAUGAGCUUUCAUAUGGAGUCAUAAGCAUCCAAGCAACAAAGGAUCAACAGGCCAACGCAGAACUGACCAAGAUUAUGGGAGAGUUCACAGAGUCUGGUGAUCCAUCUUCAAGUGCCAGCAGCAAAGGAGAUGACCUUUUGGCCAUGAUGGACGGCUUGUGAUGUAAUCACCCUGACAGAAAUCCCCAAAGCAAUGAGAAGAGUCCACACUACUGAUGAUCAACCUGCAAUGUGGUUAUAACGUGCAAAUAUCCAGCAGCAAGCUCAGAGUCAGCCAGACUUCGUUCUUGUGGUGGCUUCAAGAUGUGCAUGGGACCAAGGACUCCAAUUGGUCAUCAGCAGAUGUUUUUUUGCUAUUAAAAACAAAGAAUGAAAGGAAACCAGCAGUAAAGUCGACUAGUAAGUUUUCUGUAAAACAGGAGGGUUAAAAAUUUCCCCCUGAAAGUACAGUAGAUGUGGAACAAUAUGUUGAACAUGUGCAUGUGGUAAUAGCAUAAUUUUUACUAUCAGUACACAUUCCUUUCAUUUCACACAAUUUAAUUUAAUUAUAGAUGUCAGCAGCUCGUAUAAGUUUAUCACAUUAUGAUUAUGAUGAUUAUGGAGCUAAUAGCUCAAAAUUUCUUGAUUGUUUUUAUUUUAAGCUGGUUUUAAGUUUACAUACACAAGUGUUAUACUGUAAUACUUUUACUCCAUUUAUGAUUUGAGCUGUUCUUUUUCCCAGAGUGGACUGAUAAUACCACAUACAACUUCACUGACUCGUUUGUGCACAAUUCAGAAUUUCUUGUCAUCACACAUACAGCUCCACUAAUACUUGGAUAGCAAACGGCAUCUCAACCACACACUGCUAAGGAACAUUAAUUCAAAUAUUAGUGGGGUGGGGGGGUCAAUUUUAGCCUAUGUGCUUUAUUUUGACCCUAUUUGGAUUAGAGAAAAUCCACAUGCAAAAUUGUCUCAUUUGUAAAAUCAUUGAAAUUGUUUGUAUAAUCAUGCCACCCUAAAAUGGGAAUAGUUCAAGUCCCAUUUGACUUUUACAACUGUAAAAUAGACAUAGGAGUUAAAUAUUUAAAAACUUUUCAAGCUAUCCAUUAUUUAGAUGCAGCUCAACAAUUUGCUACUUGAUGGCUACCUUGUUUUAAUACAGAGCAAUGCAAUACAAGAAACAGUCUAAGAUGUACAUAUUUUUAUGGAGAACUAUUUAUUAAAUGUAACUUUUCUGUGUGGAAUUGCUGCAUUUCAUAAGUCUUUAAAUGUGCAGUUUAUUAUUUUAAAUGCGUUGAUGAAAACAUCACCAGCAUGAAAGUUGACACAAUACAUAUAUACCUGUAAUGCAGGUGCAUCUUAUUAAAUAAAAAUCUAAUUAAAGAGUU